AUGGGUCAGGCUCCCAUCGGCUACGUGCUGUUCGCGGAGGAGAUGAGCUUCAACCCCGCGGACCCCGCGUGGGUGAACCGCGACCGCUUCGUGCUCUCCUCUGGCCACGGCUGCAUGUUCCAGUACUCGGUGCUGCACCUCACGGGCUACGAGAGCGUCUCCAUGGCCGACCUGAAGCAGUUCCGGCAGUGGGGCUCCAAGACCCCGGGCCACCCGGAGAACUUCGAGACUGCGGGCAUCGAGGUCACCACGGGCCCGCUCGGAAUGGGCGUGUCCAACGCCGUGGGCCUCGCGGCUGCCGAGGCGCACAACGCCGCCGUCUACAACAAGCCGGGCCUGCCCCUGAUCGACCACUACACGUACUGCAUCAUGGGUGACGGCUGCUGCCAGGAGGGGAUCUCCCACGAGUCUUGCGCAUAUGCUGGCCAUCUCGGCCUCGGCAAACUCAUCGUCUUCUACGACGACAACGGGAUCACCAUUGACGGCCACACGGAGCUCUCCUUCACCGAGGACGUGGGCAUGCGCUACGAGGCGUACGGAUGGCAGGUGCUGACGGUCGAGGACGGCAACACCGACGUGGCUGCCCUCCGCAAGGCCAUCGCGGAUGCCAAGGCGUGCACCGACAAGCCCACUCUGAUCAAGGUCAAGACGGUCAUCGGCUACGGCUCGCCGAACAAGGCCGACAGCCACGACGCCCACGGCGCGCCCCUGGGCUCGGACGAGGCCACCGCGACCCGCGAGCAGCUCGGCUACAAGUACGGCGAGUUUGAGGUGCCGCAGAGCGUCUACGACGUCUUCCGCGCCCAUGCGGCCGAGGGCGCCAAGAAGCAGGAGGAGUGGAACGCCCUGUGGGCCAAGUACCAGGAGGCUGAGCCCGAGCUGGCGGCGCAGUUCAAGCGUGUCGCCAUCGACAAGAAGCUCCCCGAGGGCUGGGCCGACUGCCUGCCCAAGGCGACGCCCGAGGACAGCGGCAAGGCCACUCGCCUGUGGUCCCAGGAUUGCCUGAACGCGCUGGCCAGCACCUGCCCUGAGCUCAUCGGCGGGUCCGCGGACCUGGCACCCUCGAACAUGACGCUGAUGAAGUGCACGGGUGACUUCCUGAAGGGCUCCUACGAGGGCCGCAACAUGCGAUUCGGAAUCCGCGAGUUCGGCAUGGGCGCCGUGUGUAACGCCAUCUCCCUGGACAAGACUGGCCUGGUGCCGUACUGCGCCACCUUCACCAUCUUCAGCGACUACAUGCGCAACGCGAUCCGCAUCGCCGCCCUGGCGCAGGCCGGAACUAUCUUCGUCACCACCCACGACUCCAUCGCGGUGGGCGAGGAUGGCCCCACGCACCAACCCAUCGAGACCGUCCCAUCCCUGCGCAUGAUCCCAGAGCUGACCGUCAUACGUCCAGCUGACGCCAACGAGACAUCGGGCGCGUACAAAGUCGCCUUCGAGUUGUCCAAGUACAAGUCUAUGCCCACCUUCAUGGCCCUGACCCGCCAGGCGUUGCCGAACCUGCCAAACUCCUCCAUCGCCAACGUGGAGAGGGGCGCAUACGCCGUGAUCGAGGAGUCGGACCCGGAGCUGAUCCUCAUCGGCACUGGCUCCGAGGUCAGCCUGUGCGUGGAUGCCGCCAAGGAGCUGGGCAAGAAGGUGCGCGUGGUGUCGAUGCCCUCGUGGGAGCUCUACCGCGACCAGCCGCUGAGCUACAAGAGCAACUUGCUGCCCAAGGACGUGCCCAAGAUGAGCGUGGAGGCGGCCGUCACCAUGGGCUGGGGCGAGUGGGCCGACGCCUUUGUGGGCAUCAACUGCUUCGGCGCCUCGGCCCCAGGGGGCACCUGCAUGGACAAGUUCGGCUUCAACGUCCCCAACGUCGUCGCCUGCGCCGAGCGCUGCAUGAAGGGCGAGAAGGGCGUCCUGUCGGACGGAAGCCAGGGCAAGCACUCGCCCUACGACGUCUUCCGUGCCCACGCGGCCGAGGGCGCCAAGAAGCAGGAGGAGUGGAACGCCCUGUGGGCCAGGUACCAGGAGGCGGAGCCCGAGCUGGCCGCGCAGUUCAAGCGCAUCGCCAUCGACAAGAAGCUCCCCGAAGGCUGGGCCGACUGCCUGCCCAAGGUGACGCCCGAGGAUAGCGGCAAGGCUACGCGCCUGUGGUCCCAGGAUUGCCUGAACGCGCUGGCCAGCACCUGCCCCGAGCUCAUCGGCGGGUCCGCGGACCUGGCACCCUCGAACAUGACGCUGAUGAAGUGCACGGGUGACUUCCUGAAGGGCUCCUACGAGGGCCGCAACAUGCGGUUUGGAAUCCGCGAGUUCGGCAUGGGCGCCGUGUCGAACGCCAUCUCCCUGGACAAGACCGGCUUGGUGCCGUACUGCGCCACCUUCACCAUCUUCAGCGACUACAUGCGCAACGCGAUCCGCAUCGCCGCCCUGGCGCAGGCCGGCACCAUCUUCGUCACCACCCACGACUCCAUCGCGGUGGGCGAGGACGGCCCCACGCACCAACCCAUCGAGACCGUCCCAUCCCUGCGCAUGAUCCCGGGGCUGACCGUCAUACGUCCAGCGUUGCGGGAGAUUGUGGUGCCCAGCCAGCGCCAGGCACCAGUCUACGGCGGACAGGCUCCCAUCGGCUACGUGCUGUUCGCCGAGGAGAUGAACUUCAACCCCGCGGACCCCGCGUGGGUGAACCGCGACCGCUUCGUGCUCUCCUCUGGCCACGGCUGCAUGUUCCAGUACUCAGUGCUCCAUCUCACGGGCUACGAGAGCGUCUCCAUGGACGACCUGAAGCAAUUCAGGCAGUGGGGCUCCAAGACGCCGGGCCACCCCGAGAACUUCGAGACUGCGGGCAUCGAGGUCACCACGGGCCCGCUCGGCAUGGGUGUAUCCAACGCUGUGGGCCUCGCGGCUGCCGAGGCGCACAACGCCGCCGUCUACAACAAGCCUGGCUUGCCCCUGAUCGACCACUACACGUACUGCAUCAUGGGUGACGGUUGCUGCCAGGAGGGGAUCUCCCACGAGUCCUGCGCAUAUGCUGGCCAUCUCGGCCUCGGCAAGCUCAUCGUCUUCUACGACGACAACGGGAUCACCAUCGACGGCCACACGGAGCUCUCCUUCACCGAGGAUGUGGGCAUGCGCUACGAGGCGUACGGAUGGCAGGUACUGACGGUUGAGGAUGGCAACACCGACGUGGCUGCCCUCCGCAAGGCCAUCGCGGAUGCCAAGGCGUGCACCGACAAGCCCACCCUGAUCAAGGUCAAGACGGUGAUCGGGUACGGCUCGCCGAACAAGGCCGACAGCCACGACGCCCACGGCGCGCCCCUGGGCUCGGACGAGGCCACCGCGACCCGCGAGCAGCUCGGCUACAAGUACGGCGAGUUUGAGGUGCCGCAGAGCGUCUACGACGUCUUCCGUGCCCACGCGGCCGAGGGCGCCAAGAAGCAGGAGGAGUGGAACGCCCUGUGGGCCAAGUACCAGGAGGCUGAGCCCGAGCUGGCGGCGCAGUUCAAGCGUGUCGCCAUCGACAAGAAGCUCCCCGAGGGCUGGGCCGACUGCCUGCCCAAGGCGACGCCCGAGGACAGCGGCAAGGCCACUCGCCUGUGGUCCCAGGAUUGCCUGAACGCGCUGGCCAGCACCUGCCCUGAGCUCAUCGGCGGGUCCGCGGACCUGGCACCCUCGAACAUGACGCUGAUGAAGUGCACGGGUGACUUCCUGAAGGGCUCCUACGAGGGCCGCAACAUGCGAUUCGGAAUCCGCGAGUUCGGCAUGGGCGCCGUGUGUAACGCCAUCUCCCUGGACAAGACUGGCCUGGUGCCGUACUGCGCCACCUUCACCAUCUUCAGCGACUACAUGCGCAACGCGAUCCGCAUCGCCGCCCUGGCGCAGGCCGGAACUAUCUUCGUCACCACCCACGACUCCAUCGCGGUGGGCGAGGAUGGCCCCACGCACCAACCCAUCGAGACCGUCCCAUCCCUGCGCAUGAUCCCAGAGCUGACCGUCAUACGUCCAGCUGACGCCAACGAGACAUCGGGCGCGUACAAAGUCGCCUUCGAGUUGUCCAAGUACAAGUCUAUGCCCACCUUCAUGGCCCUGACCCGCCAGGCGUUGCCGAACCUGCCAAACUCCUCCAUCGCCAACGUGGAGAGGGGCGCAUACGCCGUGAUCGAGGAGUCGGACCCGGAGCUGAUCCUCAUCGGCACUGGCUCCGAGGUCAGCCUGUGCGUGGAUGCCGCCAAGGAGCUGGGCAAGAAGGUGCGCGUGGUGUCGAUGCCCUCGUGGGAGCUCUACCGCGACCAGCCGCUGAGCUACAAGAGCAACUUGCUGCCCAAGGACGUGCCCAAGAUGAGCGUGGAGGCGGCCGUCACCAUGGGCUGGGGCGAGUGGGCCGACGCCUUUGUGGGCAUCAACUGCUUCGGCGCCUCGGCCCCAGGGGGCACCUGCAUGGACAAGUUCGGCUUCAACGUCCCCAACGUCGUCGCCUGCGCCGAGCGCUGCAUGAAGGGCGAGAAGGGCGUCCUGUCGGACGGAAGCCAGGGCAAGCACUGAGCGCGCUUUUUGACCACGUUUUCGAAGACCUGCUGAGUGGCUUCCGUAGUCGUCUUCUCCUGCACCUGGGAUCGGCGGUCUCAGGUGCCCAAGAGUUCUUUCUAUCUGUUGUUUGAACUACAGCCGACCGUGCGCGUGUGUCGGGCGGAGGCCCGGCCAGGCGGCAGCCCGGCUGCCCCGCGGCCGCGCGCGCCGCUCAACGAGCGGCGCGGCCUGGGCCGUGGCGGCGCCUCCCCCGCCCGGGCCGAGCGCGCGCGCGCCCCUCCGGCAGGGCGCCUCCCCCGCGGGGCGCCGCGGGCCCGGCCGUGUGCGGCUCGGCGCGCGGCGUCGGUCGGUCACCUCGGCAUCGCUCGGACGUGUGCAUUUUUCCUUCGGCG